AUGGCCGAAGAUGACGACAGCAGCAAACCAUCUGCAUCGCAUCCUCCCAAUCCCUUAUUUGAUGAUGCCGGACCUCUGGCUGAUCCGCAAGAACGCAGAGUCAUCUUUGCAGCUCUUGAUUCAUUCCACAAGUACCGCCAGAACGCACACUAUAACACAACCCAUCGGCGACGGCAAAAUCUCUACGCUCUCCCUGCGUCGCAAUGGCAAAUGCUUGCUUCACCCCCUUUGUCCAUCCUAGAUACUCUCAACGCCGUCGACGAUGCACUGGACCACAACGCCGACCUUGCCGACAAGAUAGUUCGGCUGGGUUUGGCUGCUUUCGGGCUGCCAGAAUUCCCGCCCAAGGACUCGGUGAUGAAUUGGCAAGGUAAAGCCAAAGCCAACGAUAUAUCAAAAGCACAUUCGACGAUCCGACAGUUCUACCGAGACUGGUCUCAUGAGGGCUUCACCCUUGAAGUCGAACCUCUCCUCAGGACCGUCAUCUCAGAUCUUGAAUCAUAUUUGCCGCCGUUCCAGGCCAAUGUUGGACUCCCAUCCCUUCUCCUCCCCGGUGCUGGACUAGGUCGUGUCCUCUUCGAGCUUGCUCUGCGAGGCUACCAUGCAACAGGGAACGAAAUCUCCUACCACCAACUCCUGGCAAGCAAUUUCAUCUUGAAUGCGACCCAACAUGCAAACCAAUACCAGAUAUACCCCUUCUGCCAUACCUUCACCAAUGUCAUCUCACGCUCGAACCAACUGAAACACCAUACCGUUCCAGAUGUCCAUCCAGGUGAAGCCUUCUCCCAACGCCUUGCCGCGGCUUUACCCGUCGGCGAGAUGAACAUGACCGCGGGUGACUUUGUGCUGUCUUAUUCGACGCCUGAAAGCAAGGAUACGUUCGACGGAGUCGUGACAGUAUUCUUCAUUGAUACGGCCCCCAACCUGGUCCGAUAUAUCGAAACGGUCCGGAAUUGCCUGAGAACCGGUGGUAUUUGGGUCAACGUUGGACCUUUGUUGUGGCACUUUGACGACCGCGCCCCCGGUGCUCACAGCCACGAUGAUGAAGAUGACCAUGACCAUGACGACGAUUAUCGAGAAGCGAGGACCAACAAGGGAGCACCCGAUCAGCCUUCAAGCCAGCACAGGCGUGACUCUGACUUUGAAGACAAGGGUAUCGCCGAGCCAGGCUCAUUCGAGCUCACUGACGAGGAAGUCCUCUUGCUCGUCUCCAGAAUGGGGUUCGAGAUGAUCAAGCACGAGCUCCUCCCCGCCCAUUCCGGGUACAUACAAGAUCCGCAUAGCUUGCUGCAGAACCGAUAUCGAUGCAGCCACUGGGUAGCCAGAAAGGUAGACGUCGACCCAUGA